GGCGUAUCCGUAACCUGUUAGUUCCGGUUUUGUCUGUCAAACUUUUCAUCGACUCGCGUCGACGUUCCCCCCCCCCCCCACCAUGGCUUCCAACAAUUCUCUCCGCGACCAGACGGUCAGCACCGACCUCGAGGUCCGCCAGCAGGAGUUCGCUAAGAAGAAGUGGACCUGGCUCAUCGACAAGAACGAGGGCGCCCUCGCGGUCCACAUCAUCAAGGACCACGGCGGCGGCAAGAUCACCGUCCAGGCCAACGACGGCAAGGAGUACGAGGUCUCCCAGGACGACCUGGAGCCCAUGAACCCGCCGAAGUACGACAAGUCCGAGGACAUGGCCACCCUGCUCCACCUGAACGAGUCUUCGGUGCUGCACAACCUCCGCGACCGCUACAUGUCGGACCUGAUCUACACCUACUCCGGUCUUUUCCUGGUGGUGAUCAACCCCUGGCGCAACCUGCCCAUCUACUCGGAUGAGAUCAUCCAGCUGUACAAGGGCAAGAAGCGCAAGGAGAUGCCCCCCCACAUCUUCGCCGUCUGUGACGAGGCCUACCGCGACAUGCUCGGCAACAAGGAGAACCAGUCCCUCCUGAUUACCGGCGAGUCCGGUGCCGGUAAGACCGAGAACACCAAGAAGGUCAUCCAGUACCUGGCCUCCGUGGCCGGCACCUCGGGCACCAACCAGAGCCAGCUGGAGAAGCAGAUCAUCCUGACCAACCCGCUGCUCGAGGCCUUCGGUAACGCCAAGACCAUCCGCAACAACAACUCCUCGCGCUUCGGCAAGUUCAUCCGCAUCGAGUUCGGCUCCGAUGGCAAGAUUGUCGGUUGCAACAUCGACAACUACCUGCUGGAGAAGAACCGUGUCAUCACCCACGCCAAGGCCGAGCGCUCUUUCCACAUCUUCUACCAGCUCAUCGCCGGUGCCACCGCCGAGCAGAAGAAGGACCUCCUGCUGGAGGGCGUCCGCGCCUACCGCUACCUGGAGGGCGAGGCCAACAUCGACAAUGUCGACGAUGCCAAGGAGUUCCGCGACACCCUGGACGCCAUGCGCAUCAUCGGCUUCUCCGAGGAGGAGCAGACCUCCAUCUGGCAGAUUCUGUCCGGUCUGCUGCAGUUCGGCAACCUGGAGUUCGUCGGGUCUCGUCGUGAUGAGACCGCCUCCUUCAAGGAUGCCGCCACGGCCGACCGCGUGUCGCACCUGCUCGGCAUCAAGUCCGCCGACUUCCAGCGCUGCCUGCUGAAGCCCCGUGUCAAGGCCGGCCGCGAGUGGGUCACCCAGAUGGUGACCACCGACCGCGCCGGGCACAACUCCAAUGCCCUGGUCAAGGCCGUCUACGAGCGCCUCUUCAAGUGGAUCAUCUCCAAGAUCAACUCCACCCUGGAGACCCACGGCCGUGCGCAGACCUUCAUCGGCUGCCUGGAUAUCGCCGGUUUCGAGAUCUUCGACCACAACAGCUUCGAGCAGCUCUGCAUCAACCUGACCAACGAGAAGCUCCAGCAGUUCUUCAACCACCACAUGUUCGUCCUCGAGCAGGAGGAGUACAUGCGCGAGGGCAUCGAGUGGAAGUUCGUCGACUUCGGCCUGGAUCUCCAGCCGACCAUCGAUCUCAUCGAGAAGCCGCUCGGUAUCCUGUCCAUCCUGGACGAGGAGUGCCUGCUGCCCCGGUCCACCGACAAGACCUUCAUCGAGAAGUGCCACAUGCAGCAUGAGAACAAGCACGACAAGUACCACAAGCCGCGUCUCAACCCGGACAUGUUCAUCCUGGACCACUAUGCCGGCUCGGUGUCCUACAACACCGCCGAGUGGAUCGAGAAGAACAAGGACCCGAUCAACGACAAUGUGGCCUCCCUGUUCGCCAAGUCCACCAACCCCCUGCUGGCCACCAUCUUCGAGGACUUCCAGGUCAAUGAUGAUGGCACCCUGGUCACCGACCGCAAGGGCAAGGCCAGCAGCUUCAUCACCGUGUCCCAGCGCCACAAGCAGUCGCUCAAUGCCCUGAUCAGCACCCUGCGUGCCACUCAGCCGCACUUCGUUCGUUGCAUCAUCCCCAACGAGUCCAAGAAGCCCGGCAUGAUUGAUGCUCCGCUGGUGCUGGAUCAGCUCCGGUGCAAUGGUGUCCUGGAGGGUAUCCGCAUUGUGCGCCUCGGUUUCCCCAACCGCAUUCCCUUCGCCGAGUUCAAGCAGCGCUACGAGCUCCUGGCCCCGGGCAUCAUCCCCAAGGGCUUCAUGGAUGGCCGUGUCAUUGCGCAGAAGCUCCUGGACGCCCUCAAGAUCGAGAAGGAGUUCUACCGCAUCGGUCAGUCCAAGGUCUUCUUCAAGGCCGGCACUGUGGCCGAGCUGGAGGAGCGCCGUGAUGCCCGCCUGAGCGAGCUGAUUUCCGGCUUCCAGGCCGCCGCUCGUGGUGCCCUGGCUCGUCGUGCCUUCCGUCGUCAGCACGGCAAGGAGGAGGCCAUCCAGCUGAUCCAGAAGAAUGCCCGUGUCUUCAUCGAUCUCUACCAGUGGAGCUGGUGGAAGCUGUACCGCAGCAUCAAGCCGCUGCUUGGUGUCCACCGCCAGGACCAGCAGGAGAAGGCCCUGAAGGAUCGCAUUGCCGAGCUGGAGGCCCAGCUGGAGCGCGAGGCCGCCGCCGCCCGCGAGGCCGCUGCCCGUGCCUCGGAGCUGGAGAAGGACAACCGCGAGCUGGAGACCGAUCUGGACACCGCUCGCAAUGCCCACGCCGAGGCUGUUGCUUCCUACAAGAACAGCGAGGAGCGCCGCCAGAAGCUGGCCACCAUUGUCUCGGACAUGGAGGCCCAGGCCGACGAGUACGAGCAGGAGAUCGACACCCUGGCCGAGUCCAACCGCAAGGCCCAGGCCGACAUCAAGUCCCUCAAGGCCCAGCUGGACGACGAUUCCAAGGCCCGCGCCGCCGUCGAGGAGGCCAAGGCCCAGUCCCAGCGCGAGCUGGAGCUGCUCAAGUCCCAGCACGAUUUGGACUCUCGUCGCCAGGCCGAGGAGGCCGAGGCCGAGCGUGCCAAGCAGGCUAAGGCCCUGGCCGAGGCCGCCGCCAAGGCCGAGGCCCUGUCGGCUCAGCUUGAGCGUGCCAAGAAGGACGCCAAGAGCGCCUCCGCCGAGAAGGACUCCCUCCAGGCCGAGCUGGACGCCCUGCAGGCUCAGCUCCGCGAGGCCGACAAGGCCAAGCGCCAGCUCGAGUCGGAGCUGCGCGAUGCCCAGACCGAGACCCGCCAGGUUACCUCGCGUCUGGAGGCCGCCGAGGCUGCCAAGGCCGAGGCCGAGGCCCGCGGCAAGAAGCUCAACGACCAGAUCGAGGAGGCUCUCACCUCUCGCGCCGUGUCCGCCCAGCAGGUGGAGAAUGCCCAGGCCGAGAUCGAGGACCUGCGCAACGAGCUGGCCGAGGCCAACAAGGCCAAGGCCACCGCCGAGCAGGCCCUCAAGUCCGCCGAGGCCAAGAUCGACCAGGCCGACGACCAGCUCCACGAGGAGGUCAGCAAGCGCAAGGACCUCGACGUGCAGAUUGUCGCCCUGCAGGCCGAGAACGCCUCGCUGGCCGACAAGCUGGCCAAGGCCAACGACGCCGCCGACAACUCCCUCAUGGACGCCCUGCGUGCCGAGCGCGCCAAGGUCGCCGCCCUGGAGGAGAAGAACAAGAGCGACUCCUCUCGCCGCCUGGCCGCCGAGGAGAAGAACAACCAGCUUCUCGAGAAGAACUCCUCUCUCGAGGCCAAGAUCCGCUCCAUGCGCGAGCUGUUCGCCGGCAACUAAGCGGCGCGCCCCCUUGUCUUUGUUCUGGCCCCACUCCUCCUCCUCCUUCUGGAAGAGGGUCCGGGGGGGGGGGAUCCGUCCACACCACCUGCGUCUUCCUUCCCCCCGCGCGCGCGCGCGCGCCAUAUCACGGUGAAUCAGUUUCGCCAGGAUAUAUAUGCGCAUGCCUGCUGUGUGGGGGAAUGGCGCGCACUGGUGCGCGGCAUCCCCCCCCCCCGUCUCCUCCCCCUCAGCCGGGGUGUGUGCAUAUUCAAUACACAUUCAUCCUCCCUC